GUUUACCCAACAUGCACCUCGGCUUUGAGAAGAUGAGGCAAGAUGGCGACUAAAAUAAGCAAAGAGAGUCCUCCACCUUUUGAUUGUCCAUCAUGGGCAGGCAAGCCGCCCCCAGGGCUCCAUCUAGACGUGAUGAAGGGAGACAAACUAAUGGAGAAACUGAUCAUAGAUGAAAAGAAGUACUACCUGUUUGGGAGGAACCCCGACUGGUGCGACUUCACCAUCGAUCAUCAGUCAUGCUCGCGUGUCCAUGCUGCCCUGGUCUACCACAAACACCUGAAAAGGGUCUUUCUCAUAGACCUCAACAGCACACACGGUACUUUCCUUGGACACAUCCGUCUGGAGGCACACAAGCCUCAGCAGGUUCCCAUUGACUCUACAAUAUCUUUUGGGGCCUCAACACGGACCUACACCAUCAGAGAGAAACCCCAAACCCAAGGCACCGCUGGCACAGGGGACAGUAAAACAGGAGAGGAUGAGGAGCUGAAAGGACUGCUUGGGCUUCCAGAGGAAGAGACAGAGCUGGAGAACCUUACAGAGUUCAACACAGCUCACAACAAGCGCAUCUCCCUACUGACCAUUGAGGAGGGUAACCUGGAAAUCCAGAGACCUAAGAGGAAACGGAGGAACUCCAGGGUGACCUUCAAUGAAGAGGACUCCAUUAUUAACCCAGAGGAUAUAGACCCCUCAGUGGGACGCUUUAGAAAUAUGGUGCAGACUGCUGUCAUCCCUAUCAAGGUAAGCUUUGGUUUUGGCCAAAACACUCUGGGUCUCGACGACCUGACUUCAAAACGCAUCCACGGCUACAGCUUGGGCGGUGGUCUCUAUGGGGACUUGCCUCCCACCAGUCAUGAGAACCAGCCAACAGGAGCACCAGGAGGUGCUGCUAUGCAGGGAGGGCUUCCUCUGCCUUUCCCCAAUCCAGCACCAGAGGUGGACCUGGCCCCAGAGGCUCCCCAGCCCCCUGUCACCCUAAACCCCACUCCUGUCACAGCCCCAUACCUACCAGAGACCCACAACGAGCCACGCAAAAAGAAGUAUGCCAAAGAAGCUUGGCCGGGCAAGAAACCCACCCCUUCACUACUCAUCUAAUCCGUUUCUUGAAGCUGCUGACUCUCAGGUUACCAGCAGAUACAUCAGGGACUAUGACCUGGCAGAGGAAGUCAUCACUUCUCAUUUUCUGUUUUUAUUUGUUGUGUUACUCAUCAUCAUUACAAAAAGGCACCACGCAAUUUCCCCUGUCGUCUGUCACGAGAUAACAUUUAAAUUACUAAGUCAGCAGUUGAUAAGUCGGCCAGAAAACCGUAGAAUCUUGUCGAUUGCAAACAAAAUGAACAUAAAAGACUUGGCAGUGAGCAUUUGAGCCUCGGAGUACUUGGUCCGUAUGUGACAGGUGACAUGGAUAUGAUGGGCCAUUCAGUUAUGAUUUUGAUGUGUUGGAUGUAAAGUUGGAUUUUUUUCUACUAAACUCGUUUCAACCUUUUUUUCACUUCUUUAGUAUUUUGAUAAUGCUGUUAAACAAAUGGCAAAAAAGUACUUUUAUAUAAAAUAUUUUACUGUGAGAAGUAAGGAAAGUCAGAGAAUUCAGACCUGAAGUCAGUUUCUAUCAAAACACAGGGCUGCGUUUUAUUUUGAAACCUAUUGAUAUAAUAUGAUCAGGUGUUUUAUUCACUGAAACAUUUCCAUUACAUGCGUUAGACCAACAUAAUAUCAACUGAAGUGUCUUGUAUUUGUUCUAAUAAGCCACUAGAUGGUGACUUGUGCACAAAGGUUUUCAUUGAGGAUUGACUGCAAACUAGCAGGUACCAUCAUUAAUGGCCUGUUACACUGACCUAAUCUGUGUCCAAAAUCUGUAUGUGGCAUCCCAUGAAAGUGGUGCUGCAAACUUGUAGUUAUUCAUUUGGACUCUUCUGCAGAUAAAAAGCCAUUUGCACUGUCUAAAAAGUAUGUUGAUCAUAUUUGUCCUUUGGCUUUUUCCAGUAUAUUGAGUUUUAAAUGGUUUGUCGGCCAUUUCCCCAGCACCAGUAUACUGUAAAUACAAGGAUUUUAAAGUACAUGAAUUGGACUGUUGUUUAUUCGUAACAGAACAUAGCAGAAUUGAAAUGGCAGCACAUUAACAAAUACCAACUUAACUGCAAAAUAAAAAGUUAGUAAAAACAGAAAUAUUUGGAUUUAGUAUGCUUUAAUGGUCAUCAUAUUUAGUUUGAACUGACUUGAGACAUAAAUUCUUUGCACAGUAGCAGAAAAAGCAACAGUGUCAUACAUGUAAUAAACUGGUGGAGCAAAGUAGUACUUCCAGUGUAAAGGUCCUGUGAAGUGGGGGAAUUACCUCUUUUGGGGGCAUUUUUGCUUUUAUUCUAAGGUGGACAGUAGAGAGGUGACAGGAAAUAAAGGAGGAGCAAGGGAAAGUGACCUGCAAGAGAAGCCCUCAACCAGAAUCGCACCCAGUGGUUUCAGUAAAUCUUACAUCUUAACCACGAGGCCACCGCAACGCCUCUUUGUAUUUCCUUUUGAAAAAAAGUGUUGUGGGGACAUUUGACCGUAAGGUUAAUACUACAUGCACAAUGAUUAGAUGACAAAUAGUUGGACUUUUAAGUUCACCUUUCACCACUAAAGAUCCACUGCUGUCUAGGAAGGAGCUGUUUUUUAGGAAGUUGCCAUUUCAUGGGAUCUUUAGAUAAGUGAAAGGUUUGAGAUCAAAAACAGACGAGGUGUUUCACGUUUACAAACUGUGCUGGUGACUUUUUGUCCUUGUGGGUGUGUGGAUUUUGUAAUCAUACGACUGUAAAUAAAAAAUGAAUUACUUUUGA